AUGCUCACGGACGAAAACAAGCUUGAGCAUCUCAACUAUUGCAUAAGCCACGUUAACAUCACGCAAGAGAGUUUGGACAAGUACCGUGCUGAGGAAGACAACGCGAAUGCCCCACCAAACAGUCCCGAUCUGAACGUGCUGGACCUCGGGUUUUUCGCAUCAAUCCAGACACUACAGUACAAGAUG